GCUGGUGCUGGCGCUGGUGCUCGGUGGUGCUCAAGCACCUGCUUUCUUUUUGGAUACCCUCUCUUUCUUUUGAUCUGUCUUCUCAAUCAUCUCUACCUUGUCUGCCGUGGACUAUACUCAAGCAACUUCCUUUCUAAUAACUUAUAGUCCAACAUACAUUGUUCCAAAAAGUCGCCUCGAACGACGAUUCUAGCACCUGAUCUACAGUACAGCAUAAAUUAUAUCCCAGACUUUUUUUCAACCCCCUUUGAGAACUAUUGGCUUAGCUCGAGCUGAUCCUCGGAGAAAUACCUCUUCUCAGCCUGUCUCUGCUAGGCUUCGUACUUCUCUGGGCCAUCGACUCGUUGAUCUCAUCCACUAUCAGGCACUGCAGCCCAAGAUUCCCCAAUUCUCCGGGCUUCGGGUCGGCCACUACAGUUCAUUGGUGUUGCCUCUCUCUUUCCAUUGUGCAGCUGGCAGCCUUGUGAGCUUGCCCAGAGUCCACUCCGCCCAGUGGGAAAACCCAGGACCCGGUUCUCCUGAAUUCCAGAAAGUGUUGGUGGCGGUACUGUUCAGUUGGAAUUCUGAGAGUACUUGCAACAUCCCCCCCCUUUACCUUGCAGUGCAACAACAACAAUAUCAUAGGGGGCUCAGCGAAUACUCAUAAUUUACAUCGAGCCGGUUCCAAAAAUUACAUCUGCAGCAUGAUGGAGGAGAGCGAACUUUAAAUCGUCUGAUUGACUCGAGAACCUUUGCUUAACAAAGCUACCAGUCUACCACAACAUCAAAUUUACAAUGCCACGCAACCUUGAUCGAAUAAGCAAAACACCAAUGGACGAUCUGUCACCGUCCAAAUCUUCAAUUGGCCACGAUCCACGUGCCGUAUCAUGCACCGAAAGCCAGCGCGUGGUUACGCAGAUUACCUCCGUAGGGACUUAGGAGCUGUCAUUUUAGUCGCAUUCGUCCAGCCUUAUCCUCGUAAACUAGUCUGCAGGAAAUUGUCAUUUCCACAACCGGACGUUCGGGCUGUUUCACAAUGUUGACGGCGCCCGCGAAUGGUCUAGAAUAGUCUCAGAUCUAGACCUAUUCUUGCCAAACAUAAAAUGAUUUCACAGCAUCGUGAGAUCUCAAGGCCUUGCAUAGAUCCGAGUAUUAUGCAUGAGCUCUGACGUGCUGUCCGACAUUUUAGAUCAUCAACCUCUCCGAGUUGCUUCUUCGUGUCACUACUCAUAACGGGCCGCACCGAGCGAAUGACUGGAGUGCAAAACUCGCCAGAUCUGCUUUGACGGGCACGGCACACAUCUUAUUACCAACAACCAUCCGACCACCACAUCUCAAAUCUCGCCAAACGGGCAGCCUCGGGUUUUGCGCUUCGUCAUCUUAUCAUAUGAACACCAUCAGAUCCUCCUUCGCAAAAGGGUCUGAGCAAUGGGAGUCAACCAUCAUUGUCACAGCACCACUACAAUUGAUAUCAUUUGCCUAAAGCUUCAUAGGCCGCUGUCACGAGUCUUUCUUCUUUUUGCUACGCAACGGACAUGCAUGUAUCGCACAGCAAGUACCGAAUUCUGAACCCGUAGCAUUCCCUGAUCAGCAAGUCUACACGGUGGAUAAAUGCUCUUCAUGCAAGGCUUCAUGCAAGGCGAGGAAGUCCGAGCCCUCGUGCAUGCAUUUAUUUCCUCGCGCACGGAUAUCAAAAGUUUCGAGGCUUUUCGUUCACAUGUCCAGCCCCAGUCGUUCGUGUGGAUCUCUCUGCUGUUUGAGAGUAACUUCUUUUGGUCUAAUUUGUGAUCUCCAUCUUUGAUGGCCUUGCUUGUUUUCUCUUGGCUUUCGUUGUGUUGAGUUCUGAGUUUGAAGUCACUUCCUGAGAAGCCCAAAACGGAAGGUUCUCCAGCAUCUCGGUCAUGACAUUACCUUCUCAUCAAGCUUUCGAAGAACCACGAGAUUCUUCUUUGUGGAAAAAUCAUAACCUUUCUGUCUUCAGUUCCUUCUAUCAUAAUGAGUCAUGUAACGAAAUCUGGUCCUAUAAAUAAGCACGUAGACUUUGAAAACAUACCACUCUGGCAUUAAAUUUUAGCCUUAGCCCAAAGCUCACGCUUCAACCUGCCAUCUCAAACUGGACCCAGAUAAAGCCCCAAAAGCAGAUCAAAACGGGACCCAUCAUCAUGAUCCCCGGGAGCAGCAUCCCUUCACCUCUCCAUCCCACCAGCUACAGCUGGCGCCAAUCCCACCUCUCCCCCUCACAAUGGCAUCGUCCUGCUCUCUCCAACGAGUGCAUGUGGUUCUCCCGAGCCAAAGAACUCCACUCACUCUUCAUCUGCAGCCUAAUCACUCUUAACUCUCCUAUUCCCCGACCCGCUCUAAACUCCGCUGCAGCUCUUGCGUGGCAAGUCCUGAGCUUUCAAGUCCCAGAACUGACGGUAAUGCAGCUUGUACCGAAGAUGGCGCGGUGUCCAUGCAGUAUCGGACGCCGCAAAGCCAAGUGGAGGUCGAUGCUUGGGUAGAUUGGACAAGCCACUUUGAAUUAGGGCGGGAGGCCGUGUAUUUCAAAGAGUUAAAGACCAAGGUUCUGUCGAAGAGGCGUGGACAUGAUUCAGACAAGACAUUUUUGCUUUUGUACUCGCAAGCUCGAGGUAAGAGCGAUGACUUGGUGGAGGAUGUUCAAGUCAUGCUUUAUGCUGAUCAUCAGGUGAUGGAUGGUACUGGACUCAAAAUACUACUAGGAAAGUACUUGUCUCUUUUGGCCUCGGCUCUCCAAAAGCCAGCUGGGAUACAGAAAGACGAGAUUAAUUGGUCAGAAAGCUACAAGAAUAUCUCAAUACCAUGAAUUCAACGUAUGAACGACAAUCAAGUGUCUUCCGGUCCACAUUUCGAGGAAGCUGUUACGCAAAAUCAAGAUAUAAUUCUCAAUAAACUAAAAUCAAACCCUGGCCUUCCUCUCUCUCAAACUACUCGCCAAACAUCACAAGAAUCACAUUUCAUUACUCUCUCCCAAACCAAAACGUCAGCAAUCCUCCAAGCCACCAAACAUGUACUUGGUCCAUCAUCCAACAUUACCCACGUCUGCCACGCAGCAUUGGUCCUAGCCCUAUUGCGAGCCUCUCAACCUUCACCAUCCACCCGAGCAGCGAGAACACUCUAUUCCCCCUGCUGGCUCAACGGCCGACGCUACCUCAAGCCAACACCAUCUUGCCCAUCACCACAAACAGAGUAUAUCCCAAUAUGCCUGUCAUUUGCUCCCAUAGUCUUCAAUGAUAUCGAAGAGCUUGCUUUAUCAAGCACGGCGAGCAGGCAUGAGAUUCGGGAGAAGCUACUCAAAGCAUGUCGUGUGUCUACGGAGCAGUACAUCGAUAUUCGAGAGAGGAAAAGCAUGUUACCGGAAUGCGUGAAUCUAUUUGAGGAUAUUGGACGGAUGAUGAUAGAAAGCAAGCAACCAACAGAUCAACACAGCCCCAAUUACAACUUCCAGAACAAGACUCCCGUGACUCGAGAAUCCACACAGACGGCCGAACCUUUCCUCCUCUCCGACGGCGUAACAGAACAAUACAUCUCGCACACCUACCCAUCUUCUCCGUCCACCUCCUCAUCUUUAGCCACCCUAUCCAGCGAACCGAUCCUCACAGUCCAAACCGUGCAAUUCGCCGCUCACGCCGAACAAAACCUUAUAGUCCGAAUGAGUAGCUGGCGCGGGAGCACGACCAUCAGCGGUGAGUGGAGAGGUGAAGACUACCAGGAUGGAGAGGUAGUGAGGUUUUUGGAGGAUGUGGUGGAUAUUGUGGGUUUCAUAAUGGAGGGCAGUUGAGGGUUCUUGAUGAAGGAUGGUAUGGUAGCUGAAGAAGCCUCUUGCGAGCUGGAUAAGGAUAUCUAUUCAGUGGAGAUACCCUUUCUGCAGAACGAGCUUAUCUCGCUUGUCUUUUGAGGUCAGAAAGUCAGUCGAGAGAUCGGACUGGGCUUCUUGAGUCUAGUAUAUUCGAUAAUUGGGUAUCUCAAAAGCAGUAAUUCUACAGAGCCAAAUCUAUUUCAUUGGGCGCCAGCCUUUACUCCCACAUCAUCCCUCUCCAUGUAUCCAUCAGCCAUGAGUUCCGUAAUAUGAGCCAGCAUCAUCUCCUUCCACUCAUUGAACGCUUCCCUCUUCUCCCUCGUGACACAGUACAUAUCCUGUAUCAUAGUUCCCGGCCUCGCUCUCCUCCCAGCACUUUCCACAACCUCCUCAUUCUCACCCAUCUGCACAUCCGAAUCCGUACCAGCUUCAAGCUCAACAUCACCAGUACCCUCAACACCAACACCAUCUCCAACAUUAACAAACCAAUCCAGCUCCCUCCACCCUUUCCCCACAAUCUCCUUCCUCCAAGAAUUAACAUCCCUCUCCAGCACUUCCUCCUCCCACCCCACCCAUGCAUCCUCCCCCUCUCCAACCCUCUCCAUAACACCCUCAUCCUUCCUCG